UUUUUUUCUUGUUCAGGGUUUGGGCUACCUAAUUUUCAACAAGUGUGUUUCAAGUUCCAAUGUUAAUGAUUUUUCUAUAAAGAUAUAUACACAUAAAAAAGAAUCUAUAUAUAUUUUUGUGCAAAAUCCAAGAUUAACUUGUUAUUACCUUAAUAGUGUUUGAAACACAGAUUCUUAUGCUACACCCAUCUCAACUUUUUGCUCUUUUUAGUCUUUACCCAGGGAUUCCAUGCCAGGCUUUGAAAGGCUGUAAAGCUCUCUCAGAUAUAGUCUAUACAUACAUCUUUUCAUGAAAUAAACAGGUUGAAGUAAACUAUCUCCAAAUUUGGGUUGUUUUGGAUUCUCUUUCAUUAUUUUAGUUAGUGUAGGAGUGAUUUUGGUUAAUGGACUUUAGAGAAAAAUAGGGAAACAAAUAGGAAAAAGGCCCAAAAAGUGAAGAGUCAAAUUAUUCAAAGAAAAAAAGUACUCUAUUUGAAAGUGAAAAAAAAAAGGAAAUAAUGGACUGGAAUAUGAAGAUACCAUCUUGGGAUUUCACAGAAUUUGAACAAGGAACAAUUCCCAAUAUCGAUACGAAUAAUGGGUCAAGUAGUAGUUGUUAUGGAGGGCAGGGGAUUAAAGGGAACUUUUCUGUUGAUUUAAAGCUUGGUCAAGUUAUUGAUUCUGGAAAUGAAUUUAAGGAUAGUUUGAAAACCACUUCAAAAAUGGCAUUAUCGCCUUCGGGCUCAUCAAAAAGGGCACGACCGAUAAACAACAUGCUUCAGGCUGCUAGUUGCCUUGUGGACGGCUGUACCGCGGACCUUAGUAACUCCAAAGAGUAUCAUAGGCGCCAUAAGGUUUGUGAGGUUCAUUCCAAGACUCCAGAGGUUUCCAUUAAUGGCCAAAAGCAACGGUUCUGCCAGCAAUGUAGCCGGUUUCAUUCGCUAGAGGAAUUCGAUGAGGGAAAACGAAGCUGCAGAAAACGUCUUGAUGGGCAUAAUCGUAGGAGAAGGAAGCCUCAACCAGAUGCUUUACGUGGUGCAAGUCUUUUCUCCAGUCACCAAGGUACCACAAUGUUACAAUUCUCAAGUCCGCAUGUGUAUCAAACCACAACUCUCACAAAUCCUAUGUGGACGAGCGUAGUUAAGCCAGAGGAAGAACCCACAUACUCAACCCGUCAAUUGAACCUGGCUCACAAACAAAAUCCAAACCCCUUUCCCGAACCAUCUUCUUCUACGAAAAGAGUAACCGGAAAGCAACAAUUCAGCUUGUUUCAAAACAACAAUGGGCCGGGUACGCACCUUAAACUAAACCACCGGGCAUCACCUCCAAAAGUCUGUCAACAACCACAACAACUUCUUUCCUUUGAGGCUAAUAGCAGCUAUGACAAGAUUUACUGUGAUGGUUAUCCACCACCGGCGGCUCGUGUGCAGCCGGUGGCGCAGUCAGACUGUGCUCUCUCUCUUCUGUCAUCAUCACCGUCACAGACAUCGUGUACAACCCUGAACCACGUGAUGCAUCCAUCUAGCUCAUAUACUGCCACACCAAACCCGUUAGAUCCAGGGACGGGUUAUGGUGGUCUGGAGUCAAUUAUGGAUCCUAAUAGGAAUGAGAUGAUACAGAUGGGACUUCAUCAACAACGUCAUCAUCAUCAUGCAUCUUCUGAUAACGGAGUUCCUCAAACACUUCCGUUCUACUGGGAAUAAGUAUUUAUAUUCUAAGUGGCCAUAAAUUCCCACUUGUUUGUAAUCUGAGUUUGAUUGGAUUCAAUUUAGAUUAGUGUUUUCAUUAGUUCUCAUGUGUUUAAUUAAGUUCUUUGCUAUGCUAGAAAUUCAACAUUUUUUUUUCUUGAA